UGCAAGUGUCAUUGCCUCAGUCUGUACACCUAACUACUUCAAUUGUUCAAUCUCUUCUCUCUCUUUCUUUCUUUCAAGAGCCUUCAUAACUUCAAAGUUCAAACCCUUUUACAUGUUUUAGGUUCUUCUUCUUUUUCUUCAAUGGGAAUGGUCUAUGCAAACAUGGAGUCUUUAUCACUAAACUAUGCAGCUUCUUCUUCAUCUCAAGAUUGCUAUAUUUCUAAGGAGGGUGCUACUACUAAUUGGUCUUUACCAUUUAUGAGGGAAUGUUAUAUUGAAAGAAACUUUGAGGAAAACAACAACAGUGAUGAUGGUGGGGAAGGUGAUGGUUCUGAUUCUGGUGGUGAUGUUGGAGAAAACAGUGAAAAAAUUAACCUUAAUGAAGAUAACCCUAAUGAGAAUAGUUAUGUCAGUGGUAAAGAGGUAGAUACUGGUCACUCUAAACUUUGUGCAAGAGGUCAUUGGAGACCUGCAGAAGAUUCUAAGCUUAAAGAACUUGUUGCUCUUUAUGGUCCUCAGAACUGGAAUCUCAUAGCUGAAAAGCUAGAAGGCAGAUCAGGUAAGAGUUGUAGGCUAAGAUGGUUCAACCAAUUGGAUCCAAGGAUUAAUAGAAGAGCUUUUAGUGAUGAAGAGGAAGAAAGAUUAAUGCAAGCUCAUAGAAUUUAUGGUAACAAAUGGGCCAUGAUUGCUAGGCUUUUCCCUGGAAGAACUGAUAAUGCUGUUAAGAAUCACUGGCAUGUUAUAAUGGCAAGAAAGUACAGAGAACAAUCAAGUGCUUACAGAAGGAGGAGGCUGAAUCAAUCUGUUUACAGAAGAAUGGAAGAGAAUACAAGCUUUGUCUCUAGGGAUAUAGUCACAGCCACAGGAAUGGAACCAGUACCACCACCACCUUAUUAUAUUAACCUCCCAAAUGGAACACUUGGCUAUAACAUGGCUAGUUUUCCAUAUUCAACUUUCCACGGUGUAGUUGAUGGUGGUGUUGAGUGUGGCUUAAAUGGUUCAACUCAUUUGACUAGUAGUAAAGAAGCAAUCUCAAGUGACAAGCAAGCACCUACUCCUAUUGGCUUGUUUGCUCAACAAUCACCACUUGAUUUCUUUUCUGGAGGUAGAAGAAAUGAGUAUUAUAGCCAAAUGAGAAGCUGGGAUAGGCCAAGUGAUUUACAUGAAAAUCAACCAACACCAACACCAAGUGGUUUCUACCAUGAAUAUCCACAAUAUAUGAUGCCAAUGCAACAACAAAACAACAAUUUUUACAGUUUCACAUCAAAUAUUUCCACCACAGCAGCAACAACAUUAGGCAGUGAAGUUUCACUAUCAUCAGUGGCAGCAGCAGCAGAAAAUCACAGAGAUCAAGUUCUGAUGAGUAAUCCCCUCCUUCAGAUGCAAUUCCAUUUAUUGACUUCCUUGGAGUAGGAGCCACAUGAUCAAAGUUAUAAACUAAUCAAAAAGCUGCAAUGCAACCCUUUUUUUUUUCCAUUGAAGCUCCUCAAUAUAGGUGUGGUCCAACAUUACCUAAAAACCAUUCGAGGUAAACAGAAAGGAUAGUUGCUCUACUUUGGUCACUGUGUUACUUGCGUCAUUUCUGUUCAUAUCACCUAUCUCUCUUCUCAUUUCCUUUCUUUCUCACAUCAUAUGGGACCCCCUCUCCAAACUUUAAUAAAAUUAUUAAUAAUAAUAAUAUAAUUCAAUUUUAUUACUGUUACUAUAACCUUUAUC